AUGUCCAGUCUUACUCCAGCCAUUGCCGCCCUUCCCGACCUCUCGCCGUCACCCGAGGAGCGUAUCCGCUACCGGUACUUUGUGCGUUUCAACCCGCGCGAGUACUACUAUGUGUAUCGUCGAGUGACUGCCCUUUUCGUGCCUGUUUAUCACCACCGCAGGGCGCAUACUCCGGAAACUCUCUCUGAGAUGUUUCACAAGAUUUUCAAUCUCUUGUUUCCCAACAUGCGUCGCCUUCGCGACCAGCGCCUUAUCGAUUCUAGAAUUGGGGCCUACAUCCGCGGCUUUCUCACUCGCUGGCACGACACUCUGCCUCCCAGGCUUAGAGUCCUGGGUUGGAACCAGCUCAUCGCUCGUGUCCCCGCUGAGACACGGCCUUCUCAUGGCCUACUGCGCCUAACAGUCGGGUUACCCUUCCCUGGUGAACCCGGCUUUGUUAUGACGUCUCCGCCCCUACCUCUCGUUCACUAUCUCCUGCAAUGGGAGGUUUUGGAAUCUGAGGACAUUCUUCGUACCCCACUGAUCGACGAAGAGGCCUUCCCGGGUGUCAUUUUUCCGUGGUACCCGACUCCUCUCCCAGAUGAUGUUGAUGAGCUCGCUUCCGAGCGGGGGUCCCCUAUUCCUCAGCCUCGUCGCCGCCGUGGUGCCCAACCCAGUGCACCCGUGACUUCAAAUUUUAGCCCGCUCUCUAAUGGGCAGACCCUUACUCUGGCGCUGGCGCUCCCUUUUUCCCCUCAUCCGGCUGGUCCUCCUGCUGGGCCUUCAACCCCGGCUCCUCCUCGUACUCCUGCGCCUUGCCUUCCUUCGACCCCAGCACCUCCACCUUAUCGGCCUUCCGCGCCUCCGCCGUCGCGUCCUCCCCCAGCUUUUGAGUCUCAGCCUCCUGCUCAGACGUUGAGGGUUCCAGCCUCAACUCCCGGGAAUGCUCUGCCUUCAGCUGCGACUUUCCUCGAUCUCAACCGUCGGGUUACUGCCAGUCUUCCAGUGCCGCCUACUCCGCCGACUCCUGACCCUAGGCGUCGACCUCAACCUCAGAGUCCGCUACCCCCGGACUCAAGACUUCCUCAGCCCAGGUUCUCAUCGUUUUCUACCCCCGUGCGCCCUGCUCCGCAUACUGUGACGUCGGGCCGUACUUCUCAAUGCCGGCCCCGCGCUCAAGUGAGCCCUCCCCUGCCUCCGGUUGUUGGAGAUGGGGAGUUUUCCGCAGUGCCCAUCCCUUCUGCUUUAAGGGGGACCGAUUCUACCCUGCGGCCCCAAGAGCCGUUAUUCUUCCCAAGUUCUGAGGAGGACGAUGGUCAUCGUCCUCCUUCUCAGUCCCCUCCGCCUCCGUCUGACUUUGGUGGCGCUGGCGAUCUCUUUGACGAUAUUCCUGUCAUCGAGGGAGCUCGGGCACCUUCGCCCGAGCUUGUUUAUGAUGCUGUUUCUGGCGACCUCGUCACCGAUCACGACUUCGACGUGGGAUCUCCUGUUGUGGAGGUUCCCAAACGCACUACUCGUAGCAAGGGCAAAGGGAAAGCCGGUGCCUCUCCUUCCAAGAGGAAAAAGCCUGUCCGGAAGACCAAGGCUCCACCAGCAACUCCUCCUCAGGCUGAGGAGUCCGUUCGUUCUCCUCCCCCUUUCUUGCGUAUUCGUACGUCUACUCUCUGCCGUACCAUCGCCUCUCCGAGCCCUGUGCCUGCGGCUGGGCCCUCUCGUCUAACCAAGCGCAAGAAGCAGCCCAAGGCUGCUAGAGCUUCGACUCCGCCGGUGGAAAUUUCUCCUCCUCAUGCCCCUCUGACCCGCUCACGCGCCGCUGCUACCAGGGCAGCCAUUCUUCCUCCUAUCGUCGAGCUCCCUGAGGAGUCUGGAUCGGGCUCCGAUGAUGAUGCGCCUCCCACGAAGAAACGCAGGAUUUCCGACGCCAAGCAAGAGGAGAAGAAGCAGGUCUCACGCGAAAAGGGGAAGGCCAAAAAGCGAGCUCGCAAACCCGAUGCCCGUUAUACGCUUAGCGAGCCUGGUGCUGGGUCCGGGGUUGCUAUCGGCCGUCACUCUACUAGCCGCUCGGAGCUCGAAGCCUUAACCUUCGAGGAUAUUCGCGAGGGCCCCGCUGCCUUCUUCAAGCCUGUCCGGUACGGUGACAAGAACGGCACCUUUGGUGCACGCUCGGAUCCCUUUCCUUAUUUCGCGCGGGCUCCCAAUGUUUCUGGCGAUUGCAUUCCCUGCUCGACUAGGGAUCUCAAAUGUACCUGGACGAACCAAUUCCCAGGUGCAUCCUGUGAUCAGUGCACCCGUAGUCACCACGGCAGGUGUUCCGCUCGAUACACCGCUCAAGAAAUGAACAAGGUAUCUUCUAAGCUCUCCAAGUACACGAGAUACAACGUCGGUUUGAUGGAGUCUGAUCUCAAGGAGCUCCACGCGCUAAACCACGACCUGGAGCACCUCGACCUUGCUGACUCUCUUGACCAAAUCGCUGGCCAUGAGAACGGUAAUGCCAUCAUCGAAGGUCUGGCUUCUGCCUACGAGGAAGUCUCUAGCUUCGUCAUCGAUGAUGGUAUCCGUCGCUCCCUUGGUCAUCCUCUUAACUUGCCAAAGCCUGGCGAGUCCUCUCAUUCUGCGGCUGGUUCUAAAUCGAAGUCUCCUGCCAAGGGUGACGAGUCCGAGGCGGAUUUAGAUCCUAACGGCUCUUCUGCUAGCAGCAGUGGUAGCAGCAGCUCCAGUGAUUGA